GGUUUCCGGCCGAACAGAAGGAGUUUGCGUCACAACAACAACAGUGGACCGUUAGCUUCAAGGAAAGCGAGAUCAUUUUUUUUCUGCUAAAUUGGGCCAUAUUAACAGGUACGCUGGAAUUUUCUGAUACCCACUCGGACAUGUCCUAUGUCUUCAUCAACGACUCGUCGCAGACCAGCGUGCCACUGCUGCAGUCCUGCAUUGAUGGAGAUCUGCCUUUUGCCAAGAGGCUCCUAGAGACUGGAUGCGACCCCAACAUCCGGGACCACCGGGGCCGCACCGGUCUCCACCUUGCUGCCGCCCGGGGGAAUGUGGAGAUUUGUCGUCUCUUACACAAAUUCGGGGCAGAUCUGUUGGCGACAGAUUAUCAAGGAAACACAGCACUCCAUCUGUGCGGUCAUGUGGAUACUAUACAGUUCCUCGUGUCCAACGGGUUGAAGAUCGAUAUCUGUAACCACAAUGGGUCGACUCCUUUGGUGCUUGCAAAGAGACGUGGCGUCAAUAAGGACGCCAUUCGCCUUCUGGAGGGACUGGAAGAGCAGGAAGUGAAGGGCUUCAACAGAGGAGCCCACUCCAAACUGGAGACCAUGCAGAUGGCUGAUAGUGAGAGUGCGAUGGAGAGCCACUCUUUACUCAACCCCAACCUGCAGAGCAGCGAGGGGGUCCUGUCCAGCUUCCGGACCACCUGGCAGGAGUUUGUGGAAGACCUGGGCUUCUGGAGGGUCCUGCUGCUGCUGGUGGUCAUCGCCCUCCUCUCCCUUGGUAUUGCUUACUACGUCAGCGGGGUCCUGCCUUUCUCCAGCAGCCAGCUGGAGCUGGUCCACUGAGGAAAGGAGGCGAUGGGGGCUGAAGAUUACAAGUAAAGUUCUGCUCCCUGCUCUGUUUAUACCAAACAAAAAUAUGGAUUUUGUCUAUUACUAGCCCGAUCUCGUCUCAACAUCAUUCACUACUGUUUGUAAUUAAAACAAAAAACAUCAUUCAGUAGAAAAGAAAACCUCACAAUCUUCAUUAUAAGCAUUCUUAACUUGAAUUUUGAUGCAUUGAGGGAAUCAACAAAAAGAUACCAGUCUUGUUUUAAUAUUAUGUAACAUCUCCUCUUUUAAAAAGAGCCGCUUUUGAAACUUGUGAUUUAUUUAGACAAUAUAAUGCCCUUAUUUUGUUUAAUGCAGUGACACUUUUGCUCACACCGUUUCAUUUUCUUCAUACUGUGUUCUGUUACAAGCUGUAUAUUGCCAAUGUUUUGUAUCCUUUAUUUUUCAUUGUUCUCCUCUGCUGUUAUUUAUCAAAUAUAUUUCUUAAUAAUUUAUCCUGUAUCCCAGUUGUCUUAAAUGUCUUUAUUUUCUUAAACAGACCUGCAGUUGUCAUUGAAAUAAUCAUCAAUUCUGCUAAAAAAAAUGUUUUGUAUUGAUAACUAACAGUGGAUCUGCUGAUGUAGAGGAAUGUAGCAUCGUCUGUUUACACUCCGAGUAUGGCAGCACCCUGGCUGUGCGACUUUUGAAAGCUUUGCUUGAUAACGGUUUCGCAUGAUAACAUUCCCCUGAAGCAUGCAGCUUCUUUCCAGUAAAAUUAACAAUUUUAGUAAACAUAUGCUGAAUAGGCACGCUUGUAUGUAAACGUGUAGGAUUACAACCGCAGAUCAUUGGCCACUACAUUUAUUGUAUAUUAAUUUUAUCUUAAUAUCCUUUGUUGAAUUGUUUCUCUUGUUCUCUCCAUGUAAAUUAAACACCUGAAGCAAAUUCUCAUUUAAUGUGGAAAUGAAUAAAGCUAAAACCAUCA